AUGGCGAAGCAGAAGGCAAUUGCUCAGAUCUACAAGGAUUGGGAGGAUUCGUACAACAAGGUUUUCAAGCUUUGUAAGCCGUUUGUUUUCAUCAAUGGCACGCAUCUGUAUGGCAGAUACAGUGGGGUGUUGCUUAUAGCGGUGGCACAAGACGGCAACAACAAUAUCCUGCCUAUUGCUUUUGCCAUUGUGGAGUCUGAGAAUAUCGAGUCAUGGUCGUUCUUUUUUACUAAUCUGAGACGCCAUGUCACCCCACAAGAAGUGCUGCUGGUUAUCUCCGACAGAUCGCAGGCCAUCAAGGCUGCAGUCAGUGUCGAUGAUAGUGGUUGGCAUCCUCCUAGGGCAUUCCACGCUUACUGUAUCAGACACAUGGCCGCUAACUUCAUGACUCGUUUUAAGUCAGUCGAGCGCAAGCAAUACCUUAUAAACGCCUCUUACAGUCCAAGCAAGGCUGGGUAUGAGUGGUACAUGGAUGCCUUGAGAGGAGUGUCCCCGGGGAUGGCAGACUGGACUGGUCGUUUCAACAAAGAGAUAUGGCUGCAACACUACGACAGUGGUAGGCGGUUUGGUCACAUGACUACAAAUCUGUUGGAGUGCAUCAAUGCAGUUCUCAAGGGUACACGAUACUUGUCGAUUUCUGCCAUCGUGCGCGUCACGUACGAACGGUUGCAGAAGUUGCUCGUAACAAAGAGCAGGGAGGCACGGUCACAGCUGGCUGCUGGAAACUGCUUCUCCCAGAAGCUGAUGGCAGCCAUUGAGAAGAACAGAGAAGACAUCCCAAAGAUCCGUGUUACUCAUUGUGAUAAGCGGGAUUCCGUGUUUGUCAUGGAGGAGUUAGAGCCGUUCGAGUGUUGGUCGCAAGGUUCCUUCCGUGUCCGGCUUUCAGCGGGCACAUGUGACUGUGGUCUCUUUCAAUCUCUCCAUUACUCGUGCCGCCGCUAG